AUGUCCAAAAUGGCAGUGAACUUUUCCAUAACUCCUGUCCGACACCCAGCCGACUUAAGAGAUACUAUUUCCCUUUUUUUUGCCUAUGCUGGAUCCUUGGGCUUUGACCUCGCCUUUCAAAAUUUUGACAAUGAAAUGGCGGGGAUGCCGGGAAAGUAUUCUCCUCCGCAAGGAGAAUUGCUCUUAGCCCGAAGUGAGACUGGCGUCGCUAUUGGGUGUGUUGGACUGCGGCCUUUUCCCUCUACUGGAGCUGGAGGCAAGGUCUGUGAGAUGAAGCGCCUCUUUGUCACCCAAGCCGGGCGGGGGACUGGAGUCGGCAAGGCCCUGGCCUCCUUCAUUAUUGCUAUGGCAGAGAAACUUGGGUACGAUGAAAUGAGGCUGGACACCCUGCCGAGCAUGGUCGUGGCAUUAAAGAUGUACCGAGAUUUCGGUUUCGAGAGCAUUGCCGCGUAUUAUGAGACACCUCUGGAAGGGACUCAUUUUCUCAGCUUGAAGCUGCCAAGGCAGGCAAAGAACGAACCUGACGCGGACCUAGGCACUGCCGAUGCACACAAAAGACAUCGCUAG